AUGGCGCCUCGCACUCUGGCGAGGCUCAAGUCUGUGGACUUUUACAGAAAGCUGCCCACAGACUUGACAGAGGCGACGCUGUCGGGCGCCGCGAUAUCCAUCGCCACCACCUUCAUCAUUCUCUUCCUGCUGGGAGCGGAGCUCUCCUCCUACAUGUCCACCCAGACCCGCACCGACAUGGUGGUGGACCGCUCCGCCCACGGCGAGCUGCUGCGCGUCAACUUCAACAUCUCCUUCCCGCAGCUCUCCUGCGAGUUUGCCACGCUGGACGUGUCGGACGCCAUGGGCCUGAAGCGGCUCAACCUCACCAAGACGGUGCGCAAGCAGCCGAUCACGGAGGAGAUGCAGAGGGCGGGGCAGGCUGUGGAGGAUAAGAAGCACCAUGACCCAAAGUACGACGAGGAGCAUCCGGGCUUCCAGUACGAGGACGUCAACAUCUCGGUGCCGCUGACCAACGACAUGUUUGACCAGACGGCGGCGCAGUACGACAUCUUGGUCGUCAACUUCUUCGCCCCCUGGUGCCCCUGGUGCCAGCGGCUGGGCCCCACCUGGGAAGCCACCACGGAGGAGAUCCACAACCGGUACCCGGAGAGCGACGGGCGCAUACGCCUGGCAAAGGUGGACUGCACGGCUGAGGUGGACCUGUGCCGCAAGCACUACAUCACCGCCUUCCCAUCCAUCCGCAUCUUCCGCCACGGAUCAGGUGGCGGCGUGCGGGCCGCGCCGCGUGGGCCGCGGCGCCGCCGUGUGCCUCAGCUACUGCACGGCAGCCAGCGCCCCGACUCCCACGUGGUGCUGACCACCAUAGAGCCGCGGCGGCGCCCCGAGCUGCAGUUUGACGCGUACGAGUACACGGUGCAGAGCCACAAGUACAACGCGGAGGACCACGCGUCCGCCAAGUUCACGUACAAGAUGUCGCCCAUCCAGAUUGUGGUGACGGAGCAGCCCAAGCAGCUGUACAAGUUCCUGACCGCCAUCUGCGCCGUCAUCGGCGGCGUGUUCACGGUGGCGGGCAUCCUGGACGGCAUGGUGCACCAAGUGAACAAGAUUGCUAAAAAGGUGGACCUGGGCAAGCAGGGCUGA